GCAGCCACUCGAAAGAAAGAAAAAGGGUACCCAGCCAGCCUUUGAGAAAUUGGUGAGAUAAGCUUGGUUUUCUCCUUCCUUUCUUGCUCUAGAACACACCUAGAACCCAGAAAUCUUCCCCCCCCUGCUGGAAAAGCCGGAUCUGCCUGCUCUGCUUUGUCCUUCCGCCGGCUACUCUUGAUUGUGGGUGAUUUCUGGGCAUUUUUUUCGAUUUUUGGGUAAACCCGUGAGCUUUCCCUGCAGCUUGCCGCCGGCCUCUUCCCCCCUGCAACUCCGGUUCUUGCUGGAAAAUUCUGGUAUGAUGGCCACUUCUUUAAGCCCUAAAUUAGCCAUCUAAUUGUUGCCUUGUGUGUGUCCAAAUUGUGCCAGAAAUGGGGAGGAAUUCCGGUAGCAUUUAGAAGCAUUUUAAAUGUGUUUAAGCUUGAUUACGUAGGAUUUAACUUGAAUUGGCUGCUAUGAUGUUUUGUGUGAGAAUCCCGUGUGUGGGUGUGGUUUUGCUGAGCCAUUUUCUCCAUUUUUCUAUCUCGGGAGUUGGUAGCUUAAGUGGGUUUUGUUUAAUUUAAGUGUAAAUUGCUUGAGUUGAUUGCUGUGAUUUUUGGAGAGAAAAUCCUGUGAGAUUAGCUAGUGUUUUGGCCAAUUUGUGUAAGUGGAGUUACUGUUCACGUCAGGUCACUGUUCACAGAUACUGUUCACAGACACUGUUCACACCCCGAGGGCCAACAUUUAAUGGGAAUUUAAAUGAUUAGUUUGUGAUAUGAGAACGAAUUUGGAGAUACCUAAUAAUGUGGAGAUUUAUGGAAAUAGCAUUAUGAUUAGGAAUGAUCCUAAUGAUGAUUUCAGCUUGAAUUUGUGAUAGUUCGGUAUUAAUUCUUAGGUGUUUUGAUUAGGUUCCCAAUCGUUCUGUCAGUUAGUGCGUGAAUUGAGUGCUCGGUUUUAUGCGAGUGAGGUAAGUAAAUUUAUGGUAAUCCCUGUACUGUUUUAAAAGCAUGUUUUGAUUUGUUUUUGAAGUGGUGGCGGGACUAAACCCGUUUUACACGAGCAUGACUGAUUUGAAGUGAAAUGUUUUGUGCUUUUCAUGAAAUUGAGCAUGCCUACUUGAAAUUUAAGUGACUGUCCUGAUGAUCUGAAAGUGAUUGUGAAUUGUGAUUUUCCUGUUAACUUUUGCUUGUUUUGUCUCCGAUGUGGUCAUGUUAUUCGUGACCCUGCUAGUGGGGGAAGUUAUAAACGCUAGCACAUGUCGACAUGUUAGUGAAAGAGCCGGUUCGUUCAACCCAGCUAGUGGGGGUUAUACACCAGCAAAUCAUGGCCCU